AUGUUUCCUGUUGGAAAAAAGGUCCAAGCUGUGGAUCCAGCGAGUGGGUGUUGGCUACAUGGCACUGUGCGGGAUGUCAGUGAGUUUCAUUACUCAAUCAAGUGGACUGGAUAUCAAGCUAAAAACUGGGUUGAGAAACAAAUGUGCAGGGAGCAGCUACUGAAGCGGAGUGGAUUCACUGUGGACAAAUCUAAUUUCCCCAUCUUCAAGUGUCCACAAAAUUUGCAGGCAGGUGACAAGGUAUGCUGCAUUAAAGCUGAUUCUUCAAAGGGACAGACACUUACCAUAUCCAUCAACGACAAAUUCAAGUGCAAGGUGACAACAAUUGAACAAGAAUUGUCUGUGUCAAUCCAUAGUAAUGAAGAUGAGGUAGAACGACUUCAUGCUGAAGUGUCUCUGCCAAGUCAUAAUAAUGAAGAGGAAGUGGGUCAUGUACAUUCUGAAGUGUCUGUGCCAAGUCAUUACAAUGAAGAUGAGGUAGAACAUGUUCAUGCUGGCCGAAAAUGCUGUAAUUGCAGCUGGCAAGAGUCGUAUAAGAAACUUUUGUUGGAAGUGGAAAUAACAAGAAAUGAGCAACGGCGCACCAACGUCAUAUUGACAGAACUGCUGACAGUUAUCAGAGCAAAUAAAAAAAAUCAAAAUGCCGACCAUCCAGACACAGACCAUAGCAACAUGGAAAAUGUACCAAUCAGCAAUGGGCCUAUUCAACCGAAAAUGGAACUUGACAGCAGUGGCUUCGUCAUUGUUGGUGGGAGAGACUGUACCGUGGUACCGGUGACAAUGCCAAGAGAAAAGUACAUAGAAGUUCUAAAGGUAAACCAGAGGCCAAUGACAGUAAUUAAGUCAUUACUGGACUGUUUGUUUGAAAGACAUGAGCUAAGCCGUAGUAAUAUUGGUGGUAGACAGGGCAAAGACCCACUUGAUGAAAGAAAAGUUAAAGCAAUCAUGAGUCAAGUGUUUUUGCAAUUCAGGAACACAGGUAUACCUAUCUCAAAAAAACAGUUAGUAAAUGAUGUGAACGAAAAAUGUAGAUACAGCCGGCUGCUUGAAAAACAUUGUUUAAAUGAAGAUCUUCCUACUUUGGAAGUUGUUUGAUUGAUAUGCUUCAUUUCUUGUUUCUAUUGCGUUUAAUUUCCAACAGUUUAUAAGUCUGAUAGUACAAUCAUGGAGAAAAUAAAAUAAAAUCUAUUUUAUUUUCUCCAUGGUACAAUAGUUACACCAUGGAGAUCUAUUUUAUUUUCUCCAUGGUUACACGAAUACUACUGCACAUACUGUACCAUAAACACUGACCAUACAUUUCGGAUAUAUGCCGUAAAUAGGCCUAAUUAUAAUCAA